AUGGGGACUCUCCAAAAUAGUCUUUGGAACCGACUGCCUCGUCAUCCCAAGCCCGCGUCAAAGAAGAGUCUGAGCAACAAGGCUUUCGAGGACAGCCUCGACAGCGUCGGUGACCAACAGGCCACAAGUCGUCUGGCCCUUCCGCAUCGCAACUCCCGUGCAUCGCACACGCAUCGUGCACCGCACCGCAUUACCACACACCGUCUGUUCUCCCCUUCAACCCACAACCACACAGACAAUCCGCCCCAUGGAAAUUCGCUAGAGAAACCGCAGACCGACAACCAGAACCUAUGCAGAAUUCAAGACACACACCCUGACCCUCCCCGGUUGAUCGUCGCAGUGUCCACGUCCACAACCACAAUCACAACUACAGGCUGGAGCCCCCUCCCCCCCGUCGCCGUUCACGCCGCAAAUCCCAAGGUCGACGGCAUGCCAUGUCUCAACAACAAGCAAACUUCUCUGGCCCUCGCAAACUCUCCAAAGUUGCAAGUUCCGUGGAUAGCAUCAUCGAACCAGGGCUCGGAGCGGUAA